GUUAUACAAUAGAUACAUAUUUACAUAUUUCUACUUUUAAUCGGUUUAUUCGGUUUAAUCGGUUAUAUUCCAAACCAUAUCCAAAUCCUACAGUUUUUAUAAAAUUAUAUCCAUUCGGUUUAUAUGGUAUAUUCCAAAACCAAACCAUAUUGUCUAUUUUGGUUCGGUUCGGUUCGGUACGGUUCGAUUUUACCAUAUUGAACAACCCUAAUUACAACGAAUUUACAAGGACAUGUGUAUUACAAGGAAUAUACCAGGCCCGUGUUUUUCAUUACGACGAAUUUACUAGGACUAUAUCUUAAUCCCUGAAAAUCAAAUCCCUAAACCCCAAAGUCUCUUACCUAUAACAUCAUAUCUCUUUUACCACAUUCUCCCAUUUAUCCUAUUUUCUCUUAAACCCUAAACUCCAAUUAAAUCCUUAAAAGCCAACAAAUAAUUAUUAUAAUCAAACAAUAUACACAUGCACUAAGUCUUAAACUGAUUUAUAUACAUUUUUAUAAAUAUUUAAAACAUAUAUUACAUCAUUCUGAAUCAUUCGAGUUUUCAUCAAUAUCACUACAAUGAUCAUCAUUGCUUGCAUCGAACUCUUCUUCACCUUCUCCAUCUGUCAUAUCUUCGAAAAGAUCUUCAUAUUGACGGUUAUCCGGACCAAUAAGAAGGAUGUCAUCAGUUUGUUGUUCAGAUACUUCGACUUCAGUGAUACACACUUCUUCUUGCAAAGGUGAUUCUUCUCCAGCAACUAUUCAACUAUUCGUCCACGAGGUGUAACUUUGAUAGCAGCUAAUAAAGUUAUUCCAAAAUCUCUAAACCGAGGGUAUCAGUUUGGUAAAGCAUGCUUAAAACACGUUUUCACAAAAAUUAAUGGUAACAUAUUUCGUCGUAAAAGCCUUGUAAAGUUUAAAGGACUUUACAACGAAUUUUCUCUUUCCUCAUAAAAUCGACGUAAAUUUACAUAAAUAUUACAACAAAACAUUUUUCUUGUAACUUUAGUACAACUAUACGACGAAAUUCAGUUUUGUCGUAAAAUCGUAAUAAUUUUCUCGUAAAUUUACGAGGAAUAUAUUUUCUCGUAAAUUUAUGUGGAAACCCAUUAUUCUAGUGAUCAGAAAUGUACAUCGUCUAGUGUCAAAUUUCUUACAAAAUGUAGUUCCUAUAGACGAUAUACAUUUCUGAUCACUUGUUCUAUAUGAACUACAUUUUGUAAGAAAUUCUGAAAUUAGACUAUGUACAUUUCUGAUCACUAGAAUAAUGAGUUUCCACAUAAGAUAAUGCUUUGCCAUAAACAUAUGUCGGAAGCUUCAACCAACCAACUAACUUCUUUUAUAGUUUGAUAUGAUUAGGCUGAUUUUUACGCAUGUUACUACAUUUUCAGCAAUUGAAUCAGUUCCAUUGAAUUGCAGUUACUGAAUUCCAUGAGGAAACUUGUAUUUGGGAACAACAUAAUUGCUUCGAAUUGUUUAAAAGUUAUCUAUAAAAAGAAAAGUUCCAAUGGUUAAGAAUUCAAAGUUCCAGCAAGUUUUUUUAUUGUUGUUUGCAUUGAUUCGAUACAUUUUCGACCACUAAUUCAUUGUCAACAAUUACUUAUUAGAGACACAGCAUAUGUGCCCCAUGACUCAGUUAUCCAAAUAUCCCCACCAAUGUAAAUUCACCAAUAUAUUAGUUAUUCUUUUGUAAUAUGGUGUAAUCAGCUUAAACAGAUGACAAAAAUAACCAAAACCAUUUAAUAGAGCUUAUACUCUCUUUUUUUAUAAAAUGAUCAAAUUUAAACAUCAGCUUUGCAAAGCUAACUGAUUACAAGCUUGUUGAGUUUUUUUGGGUAAAACAAUCUUGUCGAUUUUUUUUUUUUUUGACGUCGAACGGUAAUUCUAUUACUCAAGCUUGAGGUGGUCUAGAUAACCAGACCGAAAUAAAACAACCAAUGACGUCGAAUUUAAAAUGGAGCUAAUCACUCUAUGUAUGUUUACAUUAACACCAAUCAAAUAUUUCUCUAAUAUCUCUAUUAAAACAACUUUAUUGGUAAGCUUCUUUAACACAAAAAAAAAAUUUUAUUGCUAAGCUCUAACUAGGUAUCUCAAAAUAUAAAAUAAAAUUAUAUUAAAAUAUUAUUUGGAUAUCUAAAGAGUUAGAAUCCAGUUUAACAGUUUCUCAUUUGCGUUAACGUUUGCCAGUGAGAUUGUUCUAAGAACGCACUUAUAUAUAGACUAUAUUAAUAAUUGAUUUAAAUAUUCAAAAAUAUUAUAAAAUUUCAAAAGAAAUUAUCCAAAAAAAAAAAACGUACCACUUUUAUGACCGUUUUUUACGUACCUGCUGAUCUUGAACUAUACCGACUUUUUUGUACACCGGUUUUAUGCUGCAAUGGCUAACAAAACCAAUGAGUAAUUCCUCAAGCUUAUUCAUUGGCUCUUGACCUUGAUCAAUAGGUGAAUACAUAUGACUCUACCGAAAAAGCUUAUCAUCUUUUACUAAAUAUAAUUGUUUAUCUGCAUUUUGAAUUACAUCUUAUGCAAAGAAGAGUUUUUUUAGAUUAGUGGCUCGCUUGCAUCAGUCUUUCUUUACAGUUAGUGGUAACAUCCCUUGAUAAGAAGACCUAAUUAUCCUGUUAAAUUAUAAUGGUACCAGUUAGGUAAAGCAGGAAAAUAUAUAAAUAAAAGAUUAAUUUGUAAAGUAAUCAACAGGAAUGGCUUUGUUUAUUCAUGAAGCUUAAACAAGAAAUGUAGAGCUGUACUAUACAAGUUACUGAGCUUGCCAAAUAUCAUUAUUACAUUCCAUUAUCCUAUUAAGUAAAUAUCCUUGUCCAUCACUAACUAACUCCCCCUAAAUCACGUGGGUUGUACUAAUUAAUCUACAUACCUUCUCUGCCUACAUAUAUGAACUCUAUGCUAAGGUUAUAGCAACACAAAGACAACGCAAGCUAUUACUUCUAUUCCAUCAAUAUACCAGAGAUGGAAGGCUUGGAAAUUCCUAAGCAAGAAGUUCAUAUCAAAAUUGAUGAUUCAAUAUCUAGCAGUAAGGAGAGACACACUGACCUUCCUCAUACCAAACCCAUCGUUCUGAUGUCUGUUUUGAGUAGUCUCCAUGCAGGCUAUUUCAGAAUAAGCCUCUCACUCUGCAGCCAAGCUGUGCUAUGGAAGAUGAUGAUCGCACCUGAUUUACCAAGUAUGUCCCAUUUGCGAAGCAAUCUCCCGUCUUUGGCGUUCCAUCUCCUUUGGUGCCUAGCCGUUGCAACACAAGUGUCACUCUGUCUUUUGUACGCGUUGAAGUGUUUCUUCUUUUUUAACAUGGUGAAGGAAGAGUUCUCACAUUAUAUUGGAGUGAACUAUCUUUACGCUCCAUCAAUCUCAUGGCUAAUCUUGCUUCAAUCAGCUCCAAUGAUGGAACCACAGAGUGUUUUGUAUCAGACAUUAUUCUCGGUGUUUGCUCUACCAGUAUUGGCCCUCGACACAAAGCUUUAUGGACAGUGGUUCACCACAGAGAAAAGGUUCCUGUCGAUGAUGGCAAACCCGGCAAGCCAAGUAUCAGUAAUCGCAAACCUAGUGGCUGCACGGGGAGCAGCAGAGAUGGGAUGGAAGGAGCAGAGCCGGUGUGCUCUAUUCUUGUUCUCCCUGGGGAUGGUUCACUAUUUGGUUAUCUUUGUUACACUUUACCAACGCCUACCAGGCGGUAAGAACUUCCCAACAAAGCUGAGGCCAGUUUUCUUCUUGUUCUUUGCUGCACCAGCCAUGGGAAGUCUAGCUUGGAACUCCAUUUGUGGAACCUUUGAUCCUCUUGCGAAGAUGUUGUUCUUUCUUUCGCUCUUCAUAUUCAUGUCCCUGGUGUGUAGGCCAAAUCUUUUCAAGAAGUCAAUGAAAAGAUUUAAUGUCGCAUGGUGGGCUUACUCGUUCCCCAUGACCUUUCUUGCUUUAGACUCAGUUCAGUAUGCGCAAAAUGUGAAAGAUGAGGUCGCUUCUGGAAUGAUGCUUAUCUUCUCAUCUAUCUCCGUUUUGAUCUUCCUUGGUGUGAUGGUACUAACAGCAGCAAACAGCAAUAGAUUACUCAGACGUGAUCCUGUCCUCGGUUCUGCAACUAGUCCAAAAGACAAAUUACAUCUGUCUCAGUGCGGCUACUUGUUAACCAGAGUCAAAUCUAGUCUGCUCCAUCUUUUCCAAGUGCUUGCUUUUUCAUCAUAGCUUCUAUGCCCUUCCUUCUUGUGCGUAACUCUCUCAAUGUAAUGAUGCAACCACUAUGGUUUUAACACAGCAGAAGACUAAGUUUCAUAUUUGAAUUUCAAACCCUAAUUUCAGUUGAUAAAACCUUAAUAACCACUUUGAUUAUAUUAUUGACUCAAUCAAAGACCAUAAAUAUGAAAUUCUCAGCAUCAAACUCAAAUGCGACAAAAAAAAAGAAAAAAAAAACUCAAAUGCGACUGCUAAAAAAUCUAAUAAUUGAGAUUCUUGUAAUUGAAACAUUGUAUCCUUAGUUUUGUAAACAAAUGAAAAUUGUAACCAAAAGUCAAAUUACAUAAACAUACAACGUGCGAUAUUUUUUCUUUGUUCUCACCCAUGCAUGCACAAAUUCUGCGAAAACUCAUACAAAUUAUUAAAACUCGGACAAAAAUGUUACUACUAUUAAAAUUUUGUGAAGACUUUUUUUUUCCAAAGAAGCGUUAAUCUCUAGCCGUCCAAAUAUUCUAAGGAAUCCAGGGGUAGUCGGGCAGAGUGGUGCUGAAGGAGGUAAGUUUAUGGCUUUCAAGAAAAUUUCAAUGAUUCACUUUUCAUUGGCUUUCCUGAUAAUAAGUGCACGCAUGGAUAGCAAGCCCCAAACACUACUAGCAAAAAGGAAACAUAGGAGAAUGUAAGGGAUACUUUUGGAGGCUCCACAUCUUGUACAGUUUUUGAAAGAAGCAACUCAUGCAUGACAAUUAUUCUCCUACAAGUAAUUUUGCUAAACCAAUUGUAGGGCUUUCCUGGUGUAAUAGCCGUGUUCUGCUUUCCCGAGUUCUACCCAAUUUUAAUAGAGAAAUAGCCUCAUUUAUCAAGCAACCAGACCAAAAAUUCACUGACUUUUCGGAUCUUGGGUAGAUUUGACGAAUAAGAACAACAUAUUGCGUUAGUGUUAUUGGACACUGGGAUUUCCAGUUCAGUCACUUGUUCUAGUGUCCAACAUGGGAUUAACUCUGAGUGAGAUAUUUUUACUUGUAAGAGGAGUUAUUGUGAUGUGUAAACCCAGGGCCGUCCCUCCCAUAAGGCCAGUGAAGCUGGAGCUUUAGGCCACAAAAUAAUUUACAAUUUUUGAGGCCACAUUUUUUAUUAAUGAUUAUAGUUAGGUUAAAACAUUAAUUUUCACUUUUUGUUUCAGUUGGAGUCUUGGAUCUUCAAAGUUAAAUAUGUUGGACUUGUAAUGUUUCCACUAUUUUUCUAUUUUGACAUGUGUGUUUUUCUCUUUUAAUUUGAGUAACUUAUUUGUUAUUCUUUCUAUUUUUUUUCUUUUUGUUAUUAAAGAUAAUAUUAAUAGUUAAAAAAGAAGAAAAUAAUAGUUCAAACAAACUAGUACUUUUAAUUUAUUAAAAUAUCCACUACUGAUCUAAUAUUCAUCUGAAUUUUUAUUUAUACUUUUUAUUUAUAACUAAACUACUAUAUCAUUUUAUAUUUUAAACAAAAAUAUUAAAUAUAUUUUGGACCAAAAUAUUUAAAAAAAAUUAAAUAUGUGUUACCACAUAAUUUUGCUUUAGGCCAUGAAAUCUACUGGGACGGCACUGUGUAAACCUAUGAGAAUGUGUUUUGAAUAUACUUUCUUAUUGAACAAGUUAACCUUUACAUUGUAUGUAGGCUGUGUUGUAAGCAACAUAAUCUUGAAACUUAACCGGCGGAGCUCGAACAUGUUGCCCGCGUCCUAAGACUUCUUCUGGAGAGGAAGACUGCUGAGCAGGAACAAAAGUAUCAGAUAUUACUGGUGGUGAUGGAGGAAGCUCUAUCGCAUGCUCUGUUUCAGUGACACAACUUGACGGCUGAGCAACCUCUGCAACCCGUUCACGUUCACUAGAGAUGUCAGUACUCCCUCUUUCAUCCAACACUAGCUCCGACUCUGGGAGAAAAAUCCAAUCAUCAUUAGAAGCAACAGUCGGGGACAAGACAGACAAUUGAGGUAGAACCGAAACAGAGGCCAUCGGAAACUCUGUUUCAUAAAACACAACAUCUCGACUGAUAAGAAAUUCCUUCUUCUCCAAAUCGUACACCUUCCAACCUUUCUGACCAAAUGGAUACCCGAUAAAGAUACAUCUUCGGCUUCGUGGUCCAAAUUUAUCUUUAUCACGAGAACGAUGAUGCGUGUAGCACAAGCUCCCAAAAACUCGAAGAUGUUCAUACUCUGGUAUAGUUCCGUAGAAUAUCUCAUACGGAGAACGCCUCUGAAGAACCUUAGUAGGCGUUCUGUUAAUCAAAUGAGCCGCUGUCAUGACGGCCUCGCCCCAGAACUUAACUGGUAGCUUACUUUGAAACAAGAGUGCUCGAGACACAUUUAAAAUGUGUAUGUGUUUUCUCUUAACACACCCAUUCUGCUGAGGCGUUCCAACACAAGACAUUUGAUGCACAACUCCAUGUUCUCGAAAAUAGCUACCAAGACAAGUAAACUUAGUACCAUUAUCGGAUCGCACAAUCUUGACGUGCUUUCCAAACUGUUUGUACGUCAUUGUGCAGAAAUUUUGUAGUACGGUUUUAACUUCAGAUUUCUCAAGUAGAAAGUACGUCCAUACAGCUCUCGAGUAAUCAUCUACAAUAGUCAAGAAAUAGACUGCACCACUAGAAGAACGAGUUCGAUACGGUCCCUAUACGUCACAAUGAAUGAUAUCAAAACAUUCUUUAGUUUUAUUAGAACUAUUAAAGAAAACUUCUCGAGUUUGCUUCGCCCUAAAACAAGUGUCACAAGGACCAUGGUCAGCAGUUUUAUUUGUAGAAAACAUAGAUAAAGACGACAUAAGAAAACGACGGAUGUCCUAGCCGUUGGUGCCACAUAAACUGAUCUGCUGAGCUGACAACUGAACUAUUCAUACGAUGAACCCUCGCAGCCAUGACAUCUUGAAAGUAGUAUACCCCAUCUCGCUCUCUACCGGCUCCAAUCAGGGUCCUCGUAAAACGGUCCUGCAAAACACACACUGUAUCAGUAAGGAGAGCAAAGCAGUUUGUUUGUUUCAAAAAUUUCGAAAAGAGAUCAAGGAGCAAUUCAAGUUGGGCACAAAUAGAACUUUAUCCAGCGUGACACGAUCUGUCAAGGGAAGCUUUCCAACAUGAGUCGCAAACGUUUUAUUUCCGUCUGCGAACCCUGUAGGACACGGCGGUAUCACCGACGUGUUAACUAACAGAGAAAGAUCUCCAGUCAUAUGGUGAGACGCUUUAGUAUCCAAUAUAAGAUCACCAAGUCUAGUCUUACCAGAGAGCUUGUCAUUCGAUGGGCGUGCUCUUUCAUCAAUCAUCUGGGAGAGAGCUGCCCACUGCUCAUCGGUAAAGCCAGGAAAACAAGAAGAGUUCGAAGUAGUCGCGUGUGCAUUAUUCACUCGAGCUCCAGUGUUACGCGAGCGAUCAGCACCAGAAGACCCACGACCACGACCUCCUCUGCCGCCACCUCUGUUUGCUCCAGUGUUUCCUCUGUUAGACGACGCACGCUCUUCCCACCAAUCAGGAAACCCAACCAGUUGCCAACAGUUCGACUUGUCAUGUCCUGUUCUCCUGCAGUGAGCACACUGCGAGCGUCUUCCUGACCUAGCAAGACCAGUACGCGAAGUAGCCUGAUCCAUUUCAGUCUUGGCUGUAAACCCAAUUGCGUUUUGCUGCGACUCUCGAUCCUUUGUCGAGUUAAGACGUUGUUCUUCUCGCACAACCUUAGCAUAUAUUUCCCAAUGUCCAUCUCGGAGUCUGACGACACUAUGGACUGACAAAUUACUCCAAACCUUGAUUCAUCAAGACCCAUCACGAACUGAUGCAUCUUCUCCGCCUCUCGUGCUUUCUCUAUCUCCGGAGCUGCUCCACACGUACAGCUUGGGAGAGGCGAGUACAUAUCCAACUCUUCCCACAACUUGGACAGACGUCCAAACAACUCAAUAACAGACUGUCCAUCCUGGCGACAAGAUGCGAGCUGUUCCUUCAUAUGAUGCACACGCACCUUGUUACCAACAGAGAAUCGUUUGCGAAGAUUUUCCCAAACUGAUGAGCAUCUUGCACAAACGUAACAGUAGACCUCACCCGAGGCUUAAUAGACGUGUGAAUCCAUCCCACAAUCAUCGAAUUAACCGAGAGCCAAAGCUCCAAGUUAGAAUCAUUUGCAAGAAGCUUCGGAAUCGUACCAUUAACGAACCCAAGUUUUCGUUUUGCACGAAGAGCGUUGGUCAUCUCACUAGACCAUUCACCAUAAUUUUCACCCGUCAACGUCACCGACGUGAUCAUGGCUCCCGGAUUGUCGGAAGUAUGCAAAGAAUACGGCGUCGCACUGACAACGCCUCUGCUGUCCAUCGUACCACUCUUGGUCACGGUCGACUCUUCUCCAUCACCCAUACUUGCUGAAUCUCACAGAGAAACAACAAACUGAAAACAACCAGAAGAUCUUUGAACUUCGAAGCUCUUUGAACUUCGAAGCUCUUAACACACCAACACAAGCGUUUCUAGGUCCAAAGGAUUGUCUGCUAUGAUACCAUGUAAACCUAUGAGAAUGUGUUAUGAAUAUACUUUCUUAUUGAACAAGUUAACCUUUACAUCGUAUAUAUACAUCACAAAGAGAAGAUAUUCCUAAACCAAGAUAUAGAAAUAUCCCUAACAUAAAGGAAGUUUUCCUUAUCAUAAAAUGGAAUAUCCGAUAUAUUACUUGACACACAAAGAUCCUAAUAUGAUGCAAGGAACGGAAGUAUAGAACCAAGAGCCAGUCCAUAGGUUGAUGAUUGACCAGUUGAUACACAAGGCCCUGUUAGAGUGCUUCUCCAACCGUGAAAGAUAUUGUUCCUGGUUUAACAUUCCAAAAGGAUGUUUUAGAAAAUAUAAAAUUUAUUUAAAUCAAAAAACUUUUGUACAAAUGAUGUGACUUUGUUUAAAGUGUGUUUGCUAUAAUGAGCUAAAUCUGAAUCACAGAGAACUUCUAAUUUUCUCUCAUCAAUUUGCAAAGCAAACGCGCAAGGAUUUGUCAAAUCUGCCAUUCCUGUACAAACAACCUAUAUAAGGGGGGAUCCAAACUCUAAAACAAGGGAUCGACUAUUCUAAACUUCGAUUUAGCUAUGUGGCUAGAACUAUGGUUUAUUGUUCAAUAUGUCGUUAUCCCUGCUCUUUUGAUCAAUAAUAAACUACUUUUGAUUCUAGUUCCUGCUUAUUACAGCCAGAGCUGGCCCUUUGGCUAAGCCAGGGAAUCAGUGGCUUCCGGACGCUUUAUUAUAAAGACAAGUUUGGCCACAAUUUUCUAAAACUUCCUUUUAGUUUAGUGGUAAGUUCUGAAAACUACAAACUCUCUUAACCGAACUAGGGAUCUAAUAAGAUAACUACUAUAUGUUUAGGAUAACUCCUACUAUUUCCUAAGAUAAUGAUGUAACUAGUCCUACUUCUUAUCUCGUUAGGAGUUCUACCUUUGUAUAAAUAGAGGCCUUUACCUAAGGAAUCAAUAACACAACUAAUUUUUUUACAUUCUAAAGAUAUUUCAUUGUAUCAGA